CAAGCAGACGUUUCUUNGACGCACCGGGGGAGGCGAAGUAGAGCACGUGGAUUAUACGCCUGAGAAGGGAAUUGCUGUCGUGACUUUUGUAAAAGCUGAAAGUGCCGUUGGAGUUGUCAACCAAGGAGCACUCACUCUUGAUGACGCAGAACUGAAAAUAACCAUCAGAAAACCUGUAAAGGAGCUUCCUAUUGACACUAAAAGGUUUGUUGUCAAAGGUCUGAGUGACAAAACCACACGGGAUGGACUUCAAUCUUACAUGGAGGUUGUCAGUGGAGUAGAAGUGUCGUCCAUUGAAUUUGGACAGCAAGGAAGUGCUGCAGUGACCUUUAAUGAAACAUACGACCAUAAAACCAUUACACAGAAGAUUGCGAAGAAAUCACUGGAUGGUAACAAGCUCUCAAUCGAGCAAGUAACUGUUUGCAAUUGCGUGCAAGUGACAGGUCUCAACAGGGAAAAGACUACUCAGGAUGCAGUUCUUUACUACUUUGAAAACCCCAAGAACGGGGGCGGUGAGGUCAUCAAAGUAGAACUUAAUAUAAAGGAAGGAUGCGCACUGUUGCUACCAAAGUUUUGUCGAAGAGCCACACCCUUAACGGGUCAAAGUUGGAAGUUAGUCUCCACAGCGCUUUCCUUGGGAAGCCAGUCUCUCAGCCGGAAGCACAGGAAGUUGAGCUGA